AUGGGGCAGCAGUUCACCAAUGCUGAAGGGGAGCAAGGAGAGAUUGAUGUCGCAGAGCUGCAGGAAUGGUACAAGAAGUUUGUGGUGGAAUGUCCCAGUGGGACCCUCUUCAUGCAUGAGUUCAAGAGGUUCUUCGGGGUCCAGGACAACCAGGAAGCAGCAGAGUAUGUGGAGAACAUGUUCAGGGCUUUUGACAAGAAUGGGGACAACACCAUUGAUUUCCUGGAAUAUGUGGCUGCCUUGAACCUGGUUUUAAGGGGGAAGCUGGAGCACAAGCUGAGGUGGACGUUCAAAGUGUAUGACAAGGAUGGGAACGGCUGCAUAGACAAACCUGAGCUGCUGGAAAUCGUUGAGUCCAUCUACAGGCUGAAGAGGGUGUGCUGGUCGGACGUGGAGGACAGGACCCCGCUGCUGACCCCGGAGGAGGUGGUGGACAGGAUAUUCCAGCUGGUGGAUGAGAACGGGGACGGGCAGCUGUCCCUGGACGAGUUCAUUGACGGGGCCAGGAAGGACAAGUGGGUGAUGAAGAUGUUGCAAAUGGACGUGAACCCCGGGGGAUGGAUCACGGAGCAGAGGAGGAAGAGUGCUUUGUUCUGA